AUGAAGCCGGCGCUGCUGGAAGUGAUGAGGAUGAACAGAAUCUGCCGGAUGGUGCUGGCCACUUGCUUGGGAUCCUUUAUCUUGGUCAUCUUCUAUUUCCAAAGUAUGUUGCACCCAGUCAUGCGGAGGAACCCCUUUGGUGUGGACAUCUGCUGCCGGAAGGGAUCUCGAAGUCCACUGCAGGAGCUCUACAACCCCACCCAGCUAGAGCUCUCCAACACUGCCAUCCUGCACCAGAUGAGACGGGACCAGGUGACAGACACCUGCCGGGCCAACAGCGCCAUGAGCCGCAAGCGCAGGGUGCUGACCCCCAACGACCUGAAGCACCUGGUGGUGGACGAGGACCACGAGCUCAUCUACUGCUACGUGCCCAAGGUCGCGUGCACCAACUGGAAGAGGCUCAUGAUGGUGCUGAGCGGCCGGGGCAAGUACAGCGAUCCCAUGGAGAUCCCGGCCAACGAGGCCCACGUGUCGGCCAACCUCAAGACCCUUAACCAGUACAGCAUCCCAGAGAUCAACCACCGCUUGAAAAGCUACCUGAAGUUCCUGUUCGUGCGGGAGCCCUUCGAGCGGCUGGUGUCCGCCUACCGCAACAAGUUCACGCAGAAGUACAACACCUCCUUCCACAAGCGCUACGGCACCAAGAUCAUCCGACGCCAGCGGAAGAACGCCACGCAGGAGGCCCUGCGCAAGGGGGACGACGUCAAGUUCGAGGAGUUCGUGGCCUACCUCAUCGACCCCCACACCCAGCGGGAGGAGCCCUUCAACGAGCACUGGCAGACGGUCUACUCCCUCUGCCACCCGUGCCACAUCCACUACGACCUCGUGGGCAAGUACGAGACGCUGGAGGAGGACUCCAAUUACGUACUGCAGCUGGCCGGUGUGAGCGGCUACCUUAAGUUCCCCACCUAUGCAAAGUCCACCCGAACUACCGACGAGAUGACCACGGAGUUCUUCCAGAACAUCAGCGCCGAGCACCAGACACAGCUGUACGAAGUCUACAAACUGGACUUUUUAAUGUUCAACUACUCAGUGCCAAACUACCUGAAGUUGGAUUAGAGGGCUGCCGGGCGGGGGUGGGGGUGGGGCGCGGCGGUUGUGGGGAGAGGGAGAGAAUCCUGCUUUUUAAUUUAAGAUUUUUAUUUGUCGAAAAGAAAUUCUAUGGAGACUGGGUUAUUUUGUAAGUUAAUAUGUCUUCAGGGGAGAUGCUGCGAGCGGCAUGGUAAGAAUUAUUUAAAAACCCUCCCUGGGGAAGGACAGCAGUCUUUGCCGGGGAGUGGGGUGGAUUGUCCCUGUUUUUAGAAGUGGAUACUGCAACACUGUCUCCAAGGUGUUCUUGUGUUCUGGUGAAUUCCACAAACUGUGCAUUCCAUAAAGUCUAAUGAAUCUUAUUUAUAGUUAUUUAAACGUGGUCUCUGUAUAGGCCUUCUUCUGUGGCAGCACUCUGCUCCCCGCCCUUCUAGAGGAGAGGACAGUCUGUAAUUUGCUGGCUAUGGUUUGGGGGGGUGGGGAGGGACAUGGUUAUCUCCCCACUGACCUCGUGUGGAAUCCCGUGGUGACAGCUACCAAGAUGUGUGGAUGCCACCAUUCAAGAAACCCUGCUAGAAAUAAGUAAAUUGUCCUUGCACUAAGAAACCGGGGUGAGACUGGUUCAAACUGAUUGCUAGCAACCCCAAAGUCCCAUGCAGUAAAGAAAUGCAAAUUUUUUUUUAACCCAAGAAGAGAGCGGAUGGUAGCAAUUUCUCAUCACCAAAAUUAAUCAGCAGGCCAUAAGAAUAGGCUUUGGGUGGAAAUCUUUAACUGGCACUUUCCAGUUCUAGCAAAGGCAGAAGAAUGGUUGCUUUAUAAUCAAUAAGUGUUUAUUGAGCAUCUACUAUUUUCCAGGCUUGACUGCAGGUAGAACAUUGAGUGAAACCAGGACACGCUUUAUGUGAUCACAGGGCAUCCAACUCAACAGUGAACAAACUCCCAUCCUUAUGGUCCUCACACAGGCUUUGGACUAUUCUCAAGCGGCCCAGAGAGUCCAUGAGCCCAGCAAAUUUGCAUUUUUCUACCGCUCAAAUUUAAAGGCCACACAUUUGGAUCAGGCCCCUUAACUAGCUUAAGUAGUUCAUUGCCAACACAAGAAAUGGCAGAAACCUUUUUGAUCAUGUAUAUCUAUUGCAGUGUCUUGGUAGUAGAAGCCUGUAAGCCACGGUAUUCUCCAGGUACAAAGAUAGAGGACUGCUGUGAUCAAUUAGUGAUGUCUGCCUUGGCUAAGGGAAGGAGGGAACAUUUCUCAAGUGCCUCCUACUGUGAUCUCCAGUCCACAUCUUGUCCUGCCUGCCACCUAAAAGAGUGCACUCCAUACAUUCGGAGACUGGCAAAGUUCAGAUGUGAAGGUCAGAGGUGGAGUGUUGGUACCCACAGGCACAUGCACACCCUCCGUGUCCUGCAUUGGCAAAGCAUUUACGACCUUCCUCUCCAGAAGGCUGGAAACUCAUUUCCUGUUCCUUGCUGAUCAAUGCCCCAACCUGUUCCUCAUUUCUAGUUGUUUCUAAUGCUUCUCAGUUGACGUUUGAGCCACAUUCCUGUGACAGCCAGUGUCCAGGUACAUAGCAGAUGCUGUACAUAAUAGUUCUGAUGAUAGGGGAAGGAGUAGGGUGUAAAUUUUGCAUUUUGUGCUUUUGUGGGUUUUUGUUUGUUUGUUUUGAUGCAGUAUAGAGUGAAGGGGUAAGAAUAUUCUGAAAAACAUAAAAUUGAAUAAUUUAUUCACAGAAACUAUUAAAAUGGUAUUGUUAGGCUCACGGGGAGGCUGGGGGCAGCAGAAGCUGCUACACUGUCUCGCUGAGGAAAUUAUUUAAUGUGAGGAAAAUUCCAGUCAGAGUGGCUGGCUAAGGCGAUUUAUAAAACGCAGGUACCUUCCCCAGUUUCUCUCCCCUCACCUUUGAUAGUUAGAUUUAUGUCAUGUGUUUGACCAAGAACAGUGACAGAUCUCAGCUGUCCCUGGAAUAGAGAGGUGGUCCCUGUCCUCAGGACCUGGGCUCCCACUCCCGCGACAGUCUGUGUGAUGUUGCAUGUCCCACAGGGCCCAGGCUCUCCAGAGUGUCAGUUUGUGGUCACAUAUCCUUAGGAAAACAAAGUCAAGUCAGGUUCCUCUCUGCAGGAAUUCUCAGAGCCUUGAAUCCACGGUCUGCCUGGCGAGUCUGGGAGAAUGUAGCGUUUCCCAGCUACACGACCUAGGUAUCGUGCACGGCAGAUCAUGUCUUAGCUGGUAUUUCACACAGUAGCCUUUGGUGAGGGUGAUCUAGCCUGUCUGAGGUCUGCAAAGAUUGACAGCUGCUUCUAGAUCCUUCCACGAAUAAGCAGAAACAGCGCCUAUCUGGGAACUUUAUGAGAAUUAUGCUUUACCUAUUGGGGGUGGCUCCACACGGACACUGCCCCAGACAGUGAUCCCGCCCCUCCAAGCAUGGCGGAGGGAAGCCUAGGGUGUUGUGGAGGGGGGUGGGUGGCUUGGCGGGGACGAUGGGCUGCCUCAUGGGAAAUACUUCUCACUUCCACUCAGAGUUUGGAACUGUUCACCGUGUGCUUCAGGAGUUUUUAAAUGGGAAUUCGUGUUGAUUUCCAUGUUUCGCGUUUCUGUUUGUCUUUCGUCUGUGGUACAGUGCUGUGUGCAGAUGGUACUUACUCCAUUUCUCUCUCUAAAGUGAGAAAGAUUGUCCUUCUGGGGAUAGUGUAUCAAUACGCUUCCAGAAUGAGGAACUCUGUCUCCUGUCUUGUGUUCACACUUCCUAGUGACAGUUUUAAAAAAAAAAAUAUAUGGGCUCGACUGUUUAUUGUAUAAUGUAGAAAAGUAUUCCGUGUCCCUAGCUCAAGACAUCCAUUGGUGAAACGUGCUUGGAAAUCCAAGUGUUUUCUACUGGGAAAAACAAUGUUGAAAAAGCUUUCUCUCGCAUGCCUCUGUGCUUAGCUGGAAAGAGGAGCUGCCAGUGUCCCAGCUCUGAGCCACUGUUCAAAGGUGCAGCUGCGUUCUUAGGACCAGGUACAGGCAGAGAAAUAGGGACCUGCCUGCCUAGCUUACUCACGGGGGAUGUGUAACCUGUGAGCCACAGGGGUCCCUGCCUGCAGUCCCUAUAGCUUCCCCAUGCCCCAGUGCCUUUCUCAGCUGGUCUGGGAAUCAGGGCAGCCCACUGACAGGGGCUCCAACAGCCCUUUCCUGCUGGUCCCGAGCUGCAAGGAGAACUAUGGGAACCAGAAACUUCUCUCCAACCAGCCCUUCCGAGCACACAGGUCUCGCCAAUGCUCCACGAGCUCUCCUGGACGUUGUGGGAGACCCUAGGACUCUUUGCUCGUAUGAUAAUGAUUGCAUUACUAUCCUGCUUUAACUGAUAAAACUUCAGAGAUUUUUGGUUAAUUUCCUACGCUCUUCCUUUGCCCAGGCCUCCUCCAUACACACACAUGCACACAUGGGUAUGCAUACACACAUGCACACAUAGGUGUGUAUAUACACAUGCACAGCAGACAUUCACACAUACAUGCACACAUAGGUAUAUAUACACACAUGCACAAUAGACAUACAUGCAUAGUAGACAUGCACACACAUGCACACAUAGGUAUGUAUACACACAUGCACAGUAGACAUACACACAUGCACAGUAGACAUUCACAUACACAUGCACACAUGGGCAUGUAUAUACACAUGCACAGUAGACAUGCACACACACAUGCACACAUUGGUAUGCAUACACACAUGCGCACACACAUGCACACGGGU